AAAUCUAGAAAGAAUAAGAAAUCAGACUAUCGGCAUACAAAUUCCAUCCAGCACGUCUUCGGCUUUCUUCUUCUCUCGCAGACUCAGACUCAGACAAGACUCUAAAGCACCAACCAACUAAGCAUCUUCUAGCUUACCGUCACGCGACCCCCUCCACCACCUUAAAUUAAUUAACAAGCACACACCCCUGUCUCACGAAACCCGCUGCAGCCAAGAUGACUCGAGGAGAAUCCACCCAGUCCAAGGUUCACUACAAGGGAAAGCAGGAAGACUUCCUUGUCUUCGUGGACGAUGUAGAUACGUACAAGAAGUGGCAGAACGACAAGAGCGUCCCUCUGGCUCACUUCAUCUCGACUUUCCAGGUGUUCCAGACGCAUCGACAAGGUGCUCAGGGAACCUUUGACUCUGCUUCAAAGAUGUCAUUAGCGGCCGAGUUUGACACUGAGGAUGCCGAUGAGGCGAUUGAGAGAAUCCUCUCGGAGGGCUCCAUGCAAAAUAUGGAGAUGCCUGGUCGGCAAGGAGUUACGAACGAAUCUAUGAGCUCGAUGAGGGUGAAAUAGACGCUUUGUAAAUUGUGCUGAGAGAAUCUCACUCGAUGCCUGCCGGCUUUUUUUUUUCAUCAUCAUUAUUGUUCUAUAGCGGCACUAUGGCAGUGAGAUGGUGGUCUGAGGAAUAUGGAAAUGAGCUGAUUGAGCGACAAGGCAGUUUCAGCUACAGGGCUCUGUUGCGGAGAGGCCACACUGUGAGCCAAGCCUACACAAUGUCGCUCUUCUUACGUAUAGUAGGAAUCUCUUUACAAGGGAAUAAUCAAGCAUUGCAUUAUCAAAGUCGCAAUACGAUGCGAGAUUCGUAGCAAGGCAUUUCAAUACAUUCAUUGCAUCGU